GCCAAUGGGCAUGGGGUCACAGGACACAGGACUGUCUCAGUUGCUCACAUAUUCCUAAUACAAAUGUUUUUCAAGGUUACCGCCAAGAUAUGCGAGGGCAACGAGCCGGGAGACGUGGAGUAUUCAGAGGGAGAAUACAAGACAUCAGUCAACCAGCAGAAACAAGAUGACCUGCGAUCUCACAAGGACAGCAUGGCUAACAUGAAUGUCCCCCUGAAUUUAAAUGUAAGUCCAAUACUAUCAUAGCGUCCUUAGUACAAUGCCAGCGACCUUGUUAAAAGGUUAAGCCCUAAUGAGGUACAGUUGAAGUCGGAAGUUUACAUACACCUUAACCAAAUACAUUUCAACUCAGUUUUUCACAAUUCCUGACAUUUAAUCCUAGUAAAAAUGCCCUGUCUUAGGUCAGUUAGGAUCACCACUUUAUUUUAAGAAUGUGAAAUGUCAGAAUAAUUGUAGAGAGAAUGAUUUAUUUCAGCUUUUAUUUCUUUCAUCACAUUCCCAGUGGGUCAGAAGUUUACAUACACUCAAUUAGUAUUUGGUAGCAUUGCCUUUAAAUUGUUUAACUUGGGUCAAACGUUUCGGGUAGCCUUCCACAAGCUUCCCACAAUAAGUUGGGUGAAUUUUGGCCCAUUCCUCCUGACAGAGCUGGUGUAACUGAGUCUGGUUUGUAGGCCUCCUUGCUCGCACACGCUUUUUUUCAGUUCUGCCCACAAAUGUUCUAUAGGAUUGAGGUCAGGGCUUUGUGAUGGCCACUCCAAUACCUUGACUUUGUUGUCCUUAAACAAUUUUGCCACAACUUUGGAAGUAUGCUUGGGGUCAUUGUCCAUUUGGAAGACCCAUUUGCGACCAAGCUUUAACUUCCUGACUGAUGUCUUGAGAUGUUGCUUCAGUAUAUCCACAUCAUUUUCCUUCUUCAUGAUGUCAUCUAUUUUGUGAAGUGCACCAGUCCCUCCUGCAGCAAAGCACCCCCACAGCAUAAUGCUGCCACCCCCGUGCUUCACGGUUGGGAUGGUGUUCUUCGGCUUGCAAGCGUUCCCCUUUUUCCUCCAAACAUAACGAUGGUCAUUAUGGCCAAAUAGUUAUAUUUUUGUUUCAUCAGACCAGAGGACAUUUCUCCAAAAAGUAUGAUCUUUGUCCCCAUGUGCAGUUGCAAACCGUAGUCUGGCUUUUUUAUGGCGGUUUUGGAGCAGUGGCUUCUUCCUUGCUGAGCGGCCUUUCAGGUUAUAUCGAUAUAGGACUCGUUUUACUGUGGAUAUACAGUGGGGAAAAAAAGUAUUUAGUCAGCCACCAAUUGUGCAAGUUCUCCCACUUAAAAAGAUGAGAGAGGCCUGUAAUUUUCAUCAUAGGUACACGUCAACUAUGACAGACAAAAUGAGGAAAAAAAAUCCAGAAGAUCACAUUGUAGGAUUUUUUAUGAAUUUAUUUGCAAAUUAUGGUGGAAAAUAAGUAUUUGGUCAAUAACAAAAGUUUCUCAAUACUUUGUUAUAUACCCUUUGUUGGCAAUGACACAGGUCAAACGUUUUCUGUAAGUCUUCACAAGGUUUUCACACACUGCUGCUGGUAUUUUGGCCCAUUCCUCCAUGCAGAUCUCCUCUAGAGCAGUGAUGUUUUGGGGCUGUCGCUGGGCAACACGGACUUUCAACUCCCUCCAAAGAUUUUCUAUGGGGUUGAGAUCUGGAGACUCCAGGACCUUGAAAUGCUUCUUACGAAGCCACUCCUUCGUUGCCCGGGCGGUGUGUUUGGGAUCAUUGUCAUGCUGAAAGACCCAGCCACGUUUCAUCUUCAAUGCCCUUGCUGAUGGAAGGAGGUUUUCAAUCAAAAUCUCACGAUACAUGGCCCCAUUCAUUCUUUCCUUUACACGGAUCAGUCAUCCUGGUCCCUUUGCAGAAAAACAGCCCCAAAGUAUGAUGUUUUCACUCCCAUGCUUCACAGUAGGUAUGGUGUUCUUUGGAUGCAACUCAGCAUUCUUUGUCCUCCAAACACGACGAGUUGAGUUUUUACCAAAAAGUUAUAUUUUGGUUUCAUCUGACCAUAUGACAUUCUCCCAAUCCUCUUCUGGAUGCACUCUAGCAAACUUCAGACGGGCCUGGACAUGUACUGGCUUAAGCAGGGGGACACGUCUAGCACUGCAGGAUUUGAGUCCCUGGCGGCGUAGUGUGUUACUGAUGUUAGGCUUUGUUACUUUGGUCCCAGCUCUCUGCAGGUCAUUCACUAGGUCCCCCCGUGUGGUUCUGGGAUUUUUGCUCACCGUUCUUGUGAUCAUUUUGACCCCACGGGGUGAGAUCUUGCGUGGAGCCCCAGAACGAGGGAGAUUAUCAGUAGUCUUGAAUGUCUUCCAUUUCCUAAUAAUUGCUCCCACAGUUGAUUUCUUCAAACCAAGCUGCUUACCUAUUGCAGAGUCAGUCUUCCCAGCCUGGUGCAGGUCUACAAUUUUGUUUCUGGUGUCAUUUGACAGCUCUUUGGUCUUGGCCAUAGUGGAGUUUGGAGUGUGACUGUUUGAGGUUGUGGACAGGUGUCUUUUAUACUGAAAACAAGUUCAAACAGGUGCCAUUAAUACAGGUAACGAGUGGAGGACAGAGGAGCCUCUUAAAGAAGAAGUUACAGGUCUGUGAGAGCCAGAAAUCUUGCUUGUUUGUAGGUGACCAAAUACUUAUUUUCCACCAUAAUUUGCAAAUAAAUUCAUUAAAAAUCCUACAAUGUGAUUUUCUGGAUUUUCUUUUCUCAAUUUGUCUGUCAUAGUUGACGUGUACCUAUGAUGAAAAUUACAGGCCUCUCUCAUCUUUUUAAGUGGGAGAACUUGCACAAUUGGUGGCUGACUAAAUACUUUUUUUCCCCACUGUAGAUACUUCACAAAGUCCUUUGCUGUUGUUCUGGGAUUGAUUUGCACUUUUCGCACCAAAGUACGUUCAUCUCUAGGAGACAGAACGCGUCUCCUUCCUGAGCGGUAUGAUGGCUGCGUGGUCCCAUAGUGUUUAUACUUGCAUACUAUUGUUUGUACAGAUGAACGUGGUACCUUCAGGCGUUUGGAAAUGCUCCCAAGGAUGAACCAUACUUGUGGAGGUCUACAAUUCUUUUUCUGAGGUCUUGGCUGAUUUCUUUUUAUUUUCCCAUGAUGUCAAGCAAGAGUCACUGAGUUUGAAGGUAGGCCUUGAAAUACAUCCACAGGUACACCUCCAAUUGACUCAAAUGAUGUCAAUUAGCCUAUCAGAAGCUUCUAAAGUCAUUACAUAAAUGUUCUGGAAUUUUCCAAGCUGUUUAAAGGCACAGUCAACUUAGUGUAUGUAAACUUCUGACCCACUGGAAUUGUGAUACAGUGAAUUAUAAGUUAAAUAAUCUGUCUGUAAACAAUUGUUGGAAAAAUUACUUGUGUCAUGCACAAAGUAAAUGUCCUAACCGACUUGCCAAAACUAUAGUUUGUUAACAAGAAAUGUGUGGAGUGGUUGAAAAACUAGUUUUAAUGACUCCAACCUAAGUGUAUGUAAACUUCCGACUUCAACUUUAUGUUUAUGUGUUGAAUUGACAAACAAAAGGUUUUCGGUUUGAAUCUUGGCUAUUUGCUACAGUAGCUAUAACACAUAAAGUGUAAUCAUAAAGAUCAUGGUACCAAGUAUUACAUCCUCAAUUGGGAAGCAGCUUUAUAGGAGUGCAAGAUGUAUAACAUUAAUUUUUUUAUUUAAUCUUUAUUAAACUAGGCAAGUCAGUUAAGAACAAAUUCUUAUUUACAAUGACGGCUUCUCUCUACUUGAAAUGUUUGGUUCUGCAGGUAGACAAAUCUGGACAUCUGAGGUUAGAGACAAUUGAUGACCUCCAGAAUAUUCUGCAACUGAGGAAGUCGAGAAAGAGAGCGAGAACAGUACAAGUUUGCAAGCCACCACCCCCACCAGAGACUGUGGUAAGAUAGGCCUAGUAGCUGACUAGGAUGAUAAAGAAUCUAAUUUGAGAUUUAAGGAUAGAGGCAACUUACAAUAAGAUUUGACCCUUUAUAAGAAGACUGAUAACUACUAAGUAACUGCUACGUUCAGUGGUGGACUGGGACCAAAAAUUGGCCAUGGCAUUUCUAACACACUGGCCCAUUUUUUGCCUUGAGGCCCCAACACCGACCAAUUUUUUCCUUGAGGCACCCAUUAUUAGCGAAAUAAUGAUAAUUAUGCGCAAAAAAAAUAACAAGUUAGACAGGCCCACUGGGCUAAAAAUGGACUAUCCCAUCUGGCAUUUGCCAGAAAUGCCAGAUGGCCAGUCUGCCCCUGGCUACGUACAGCUGAAUCACCAUCUCUCUUUACAGCCUUACUAUGUGAAUGAGGAGGAUUUCUUCAAGGCCUGCGAGAAGAACAAACUGCCAUUGAUCGAGAGGUAUCUGGAAAAAUCGGGAGAUAUCAACGCUUGUGACAAUGUACGUUUUUAGACAACACCAACCAAGCUGAAGUAUGCCAAUGCACCUCAGCUAAGCUGUGUCAUCGUGUAUAGUGUGUUGUAAUGCAAUGUCCUCCUUCCUAUCCCUUUACAGUUCAGACGCACAGGCCUGCACAGAGCUUGCACACAGGGACACGUGGAUGUUGUGAAGAGGCUACUGGAGGCUGGAGCUUCAAUUGAGUACAAAGACAAGGUACUUUAAGCUCAAAAUAACUGCAGGUCCACGGGAGGCAAGCUCUUGGCAAUAUAUUGCACAGUCUUUGAUCCUUUACUGUAAAGUCAGUUGGUGUUGAUGAGAGAAAGGAACAGAGAAAAACAAGGUGGAUUCUUUAAAUGUAUAAUCCCAUUGUUUGCCUUCAUUUAGCUGGAUGCCACUGCUGUCCACUCUGCCUGCCGAGGAGGAAGCGUGUCUGUGUUAGAACUGCUGCUCAACCAAGAUGGCAGCUUCUCUGCCAGGGAUAAGGUAAGACUACAGAACACAAAGCUAGCAUGCCACUGUGGGUCAGAACACACACAAAUAUGACAAAAUGCAUCAGGGCCAAUAUAAUCUCUCAUGACAAACCUGGAUCUGAGAUUAGGUUCAAUGUGAUUUAUCCUUACAGAUCUUAAUUUGAGCCAGUUUGCUACCACAGGAAAAUAAUGUGGAUUAUAAUUAAUUGACAUUUUUGUAGGGGUUGAUACAUUUUUCGUAAGAGAAAAUCAAGUCUGAAAUGUAAAAAUGGAAAUUACAAACUUCAGAAGCCUUUAAACCUCAAACACACUACAAACUGGGUGAUCAAAUGAAGAUCCUACAUCUAUAAAUGUUUCUUUGUUCGUCCAUUAGCUGCGCAGCACUCCCCUUCAUGUUGCAGUGAGAACCGGUCACUACGAAUGUGCUGAACACCUCAUCCACUGUGGAGCGGACGUCAAUGCCAAAGAUAGGGUGCGCUAUUCUCAUUCAGUGUAGGAAUUAAUUUGCUCCGAUAUACACUACCAGUCAAAAGUUUGGACACACCUACUCAAGGGUUUUUCUUUAUUUUUUUAUAAAAAAAUUACAUUGUAGAAUAAUAGUGAAGACAUCAAAACUAUGAAAUAACAUAUUAAAUCAUGUAGUAACCAAAGAGGUGUUAAACAAAUCAAAAUAUAUUUUAUAUUUGAGAUUCAUCAAAGUAGCCACCCUUUGCCUUGAUGACAGCUUUGCACACUCUUGGCAUUCUCUCAACCAGCUUCAUGAGGUAGUCACCUGGAAUGCAUUUCAAUUAACAGGUGUGCCAUCUUAAAAGUUAAUGUGUGGAAUUUGUUUCCUUUUUAAUGCGUUUGAGCCAAUCAGUUGUGUUGUGACAAGGUAAGGGAAGAUAGCCCUAUUUGGUAAAAGACCAAGUCCAUAUUAUGGCAAGAACAGCUCAAAUAAGCAAAGAGAAACGACAGUCCAUCAUUACUUUAAGACAUGAAGGUCAGUCAAUACGGAAAAUGUCAAGAACUUUGAAAGUUUCUUCAAGUGCAGUCGCAAAAAUCAUCAAGCGCUAUGAUGAAACUGGCUCUCAUGAGAACCGCCACAGGAAUGGAAGACCCAGAGUUACCUCUGCUGUAGAGGAUAAAUUCAUUAGAGUUACCAGCCCAAAUAAAUGCUUCACGGAGUUCAAUUAACAGACACAUCUCAACAUCAGUUGUUCAGAGGGGACUGUGUGAAUCAGGCCUUCAUGGUUGAAUUGCUGCAAAGAAACCACUACAAAGGACACCUAUAAGAAGAAGAGACCAGCUUGGGCCUAGAAACAUGAGCAAUGGACAUUAGACCGGUGGAAAUGUGUCCUAUAGUCUGGAGUCCAAAUUCAAGAUUUUUGGUUCAAACCGCCAUGUCUUUGUGAGACACGGUGUGGGUGAAUGGAUGAUCUCCACAUGUGUAGUUCCCGUGUUAUUUCAUAGUUUUGAUUUUUUUACAUUUUUAGUCAUUUAGCAGACGCUCUUAUCCAGAGCGACUUACAUGAGCAAUUAGGGUUAAGUGCCUUGCUCAAGGGCACAUCGACAGAUUUUUCACCUAGUCGGCUCGGGGAUUAGAACCAGCGACCUUUCAGUUACUGGCACAACGCUCUUAACCACUAAGCUACCUGCCGCCCCAAUGAUGUCUUCACUAUUAUUCUACAAUGUAAAACAUUUAAAAAUAAAGAAAAACCCUUGAAUGAGUAGGUGUGUCCAAACUUUUGACUGGUACUGUAUAUGCCUUAGAAUCUAAUCAGAGUUAUAAACCGGGUGGUUCGAGCCCUGAAUGCUGAUUGGCUGACAGCCGUGGUACACCACGGGUAUGACAAAAUAUGUAUUUUUACUGCUCUAAUUACGUUGGUAACCAGUUUAUAAUAGCAAUAAGGCACCUCGGGGGUUUGUGAUAUAUGGCCAUAUACCAUGGCUAAGGGCUGUAUCCAGGCACUCCGCGUUGCAUCGUGCUUAAGAACAGCCCUUAGCCGUGGUAUAUUGGCCAUAUACCACAGCUCCUCGAGCCUUAUUGCUUAUCUAAGUAUGAAACACCAAUGUAAUGGGUCUUUUAACUAUGUUUUGUUUAUUUAUUUUUUACACAGGAAGGAGAUACUCCCAUGCACGAUGCAGUGAGACUGAACAGAUUCAAAAUCAUCCAACUACUCCUGCUUCAUGGAGCCAAUCCAAAACUCAAGAAUUGUGUAAGCACUUUACUAACAUUGCCAGCAAACUUGUAACCUCAAUCUAUAAUGUAGUAUAUUGUUUGAAAAAUACGACUGAAAAAAAAUAACACCUUUGCUCGUAAGGCUUACAUGUAUUCAGAGAAUCAAACUAGUGAUAGCAAAAGGUGACAGGAUUUAUCCAUAAACACAGUGCCAUCUUGUGGUAAUGAGUAAAAUUUAAUCUGAGAUCAGAAGAAAUAAACCCAAUAUCAAAUCACAGGAAAACAUCAGUCAAAAGUUAUUGCUAUAACAUACCACUAACUACUAUUGAGAUAAAUCCAUCUUUGUUUUCCUCCAAAACAGGUGGGAAAGUCACCAUUGGAUAGCACUCUGGAGUGGCAGAGUGGGGCUAAAUCCAUUCUCAGCAACUUCAAGGAUGAUGCAAAAACUCCAGUCAAGUCAAGUAAAGUCCAGUUCAGUUAAAUUGCAUUUUAUACAGGUCUCAACGCACUCAGAAUGAGUAGAUAACAGCGAAAAAUAACCCAGUUCCUUUGUGGAGAGCGGUUGUCAAAGUGAUUAUCUGUUGAUUAAAGAUAUACAGCCUCCAAGGUUUCAUCAGAGGGGAAGAGGCGAAGGGAGAGGAUUUACUCAGCCCAAAAUCUGUCCACGUGAGAUAAGCCCUUUCCAUUUUUAGAGCGGUCACGCGACUAUCUUGUCAAUAUAAUAGAUACUCUUUGGUUUAAUUUAGGCUAGGCUGACUUCUAAGACCGGAGUCAAUUCUUGUGAACUAGCAGAGGUUUGGGCUGGAACUUUGAGAUAACUGCAUUUGCUCCCAGGGAUGUUUGUUUCUUUAGAUGCAGCUUAUUGGAAGUCUGAAAUGCUCAAGGUUGACAAAUGAACUAUAGGGGGAAAGAGAAAGUUCAACGUUUGGAAAAUGUAGAUGUGACUUGCCUUAUGACAUCAGCAUGACUAUA